GGUGCAAAUUACGAGAAAUUAUAAUUUUUACUUUAUAUAAUUUCUUUUCAGUUGAGUUAGAUUGAGGAAAGGUUUAGCUUGGUUGAGAAAUAAAGAACGACAAUUUGUUUAGUAAAUUGAUUAAUUUUUCUGUAAACUGCUAAGAAAGUUGGUAAAAAUACGCGUAGAAUUAUGUCGGCCACGCCUACUAAGGUAGUUAACUUUUAACUCAAUAAUACCAGUGGUGUCUGUAAUGCAUUUCGUCCUCUCAGCAUGUUAUUAUUAUCUUUGUCCCACUUGGACUUUAUCACCUACUCAAAGCAAGGUUUUUGUGAUUAUCCUGUUUUCUGAUCAGUAUUCAAUAUAACUCUGUGAUAGAGAACUUUUAUUUUGAACUAGAAACAGUAGGAAAGUCCCAACAUGUUUGUAUUAAGACAAUGUCUCACUUUAGGGACCAAAUCAUCAAUUAGAAAUUUUUCUGCGACUACAAAUUUGGUUAAUUUAACAAUCAAUGAAGACACAGGCGUUGCCAUUAUGGAAUUGAAUAAGCCACCUGUAAACAGCCUUAAUUAUGAACUUUUGGAAGCAAUGCAUCGCACAUUGGUCAAGCUAGAGAACGAGAAGUGCCCCGGAAUGAUCCUUACAUCUUCCUCACGAAGCACCUUCAGCGCUGGUCUGGAUCUUCUAGAGAUGUAUAAACCUACUGUUGAUAAAGCAAGGAGAUUCUGGAGUAUGUUACAAAAUACAUGGAUUAAGCUGUACUCUACUCCUUAUCCAACCGUCGCUGCCAUAAAUGGACAUAGCCCAGCUGGAGGUUGCCUUCUUGCUAUGAGCUGUGAACACAGGAUUAUGGUACCCGAUAAAAUGAUAGGGUUAAACGAAACACAACUGGGAAUAGUUGCUCCACAAUGGUUUCAAGACUGUAUGAGGAAUAUUAUUGGAGAAAGGCAGGCUGAGAAAGCACUCAUUGCCGGUAGAAUGUUUACAUCUGAAGAAGCUUUGAAGAUUGGACUCGUUGAUGAACUAGCAACUGAUAAAGAAGAUCUCAUGCAGAAGGCACAUGACUUUUUGGACGAACAGAUGGGACUCCCACCUCUGGCUAGAAGUGUUGUGAAAGUUGGUUUCCGGAAGGACACUCUCAGUAAGUUAAUCAACGGCAGGGAAGCAGAUAUUAAAAUGUUUCUUGAUAAUGUUUUCCAACCAAAAGUUCAAGAAAGUUUAGAAAAUUACAUUCAAAUGCUCAAGAAAAAAUAACUCUAUUUCAAUGUAUAAUUUAGAUUAUGUUUUGUUUUUAGAUAUUUAUGAUUUUGUUUAUCUUAUAAAAGAAAAAUAAAUCAAAAAAUAAUUUUAUUGUUUUAAAAAUAAAUAUAGUUAUUUUAGUGAUAAUUAUUUUAAAAAUAUUUUGUCAUAUGUUUUUUAUAUUUUUUUUAUUAAAUAGAGGACUGUUUUAAUUUUGAUCAUUAAAAUAUUUUAUAAACAAUCUCUGUAAAAAUUUAUAUAUUUUAAAAAAAAUUGUUAUAGAUUUAUGAAUUUCAUAACUGUGACUGUCUAUUGUUAUAUAUUUUUUUAUAAAUAUUAUCUAUAUAAAAAGAAAAAUCUAUAAUAUAUUCUCUGCUCUGAUGUUUUAUUUUUUAUGUUAAUUACAUAACACAUAUAAUGCUGAUUGGCUUUUAAGCUAUAUUUAAUAAAAAAAAAUUACAUGCUUCCCAUUAAAAAUUCAUUUUAAAAUCCUUGAUAUAUGUUUUUUUUUAUAAUUACAUGACUAUUAUUUAAAAUAAUUACAUUGAGAUAAUAUCUCUAAUGCCUAAGAAAAGCAAGAACCUACACAAUUUUGUAUCUACUAUCAAAAAGUUAACUAUAUAAAAAGUUCUUAAAUAUUUAGAUAACACUUGCAAAGAAGUGACAAGAGUGUAUUAUACGAGGGUAAGUAAAAAAAUAAAGGAAAAUUGAAAAUAUCUGUUAUAUAUUUAUUGUACCUGCAUAAAUGAUACUAGCUAGCUACUUUUCAACAUAUUUCCUUCGGGAAUAAGAUUUUCGGCCUGAGGUUUAGAAACUUUUGCACCUCUUCAAAGCCUCUUCAUCAGAUUAAUAAUGACUCCUCCGCUACUCCUAUUUUAAUGGGCUAAAAAGAUGAGUCACUUGGAGCCAAGUUUGGACGGUUUAGCAAGUCAUCCAGCCGCUGAAAACAAAGAUUUUGAAGGCACAGGACUGUGCUUUUAACUGCCUUUUUGGCCGUACGCGAAUAAACAUUAUCUUGAAGUAAAAUCAUGCCUUUGAUUUUUUAAUUCAAUAAAAAAGUAGCCCAUAGUAGCUGUCACUAUUUAUUGUUUGAAGUCCAACAAAAUUAGGCCUUGCAUAUUCUAAAACAUUGUCAUAACUUUUCUUCCAAACAUAUGAGUUUUUUUUUGUGUCGAAGAUGAAGGAUGUUUCCACACCAAACUUUGUCACUUACUCUCUGGUUCAAAGUUAUGGACCCACGUCUCAACGGUAAUUAUUUGCUUAGGAAAUAAGCCUCUUUUUUUUUUUUUUUUUUUUUUUGUAUCGUUCCAAGUACUUUUGAGAAAGUUUCAAAGGAUUGCCUUUGUGGCUGCUGGUCUAUUGACAUGGAACGUAGGUUGGUAAAUCAAGAAGUGUAAAGCUAAAGAAAUGUGAUAUUCAAUCUUUUUAUUUUUUAAAAUAAGAACUUCGUACAUAGCAAGAACUAAAAUGGCAGUCACUACUUGCUUUUAAAUUCUCUCCAAAUCAUUAGUAUUCCAAAAUAAUAUGAUUUUUUCUUACCUUUAAACGAUUGUUGUAAUGCUUUGAAACACUGAGUACACCUUUUGAGCAGUCUAAGGUAUGUCUGAUCGCCAAAGUUAGGAAAGCAAACUUCUGAAAAUCGGCUAUAUACAAGAUAAUUGACAUGUCCAAAAUAUGUAUUUAUUGUUUUGAUUUUUUUUCAAAUGAAAUAAAUUGAAAAAAAUAUAUUUUUAUUAGUUUGGGACUAAAUCCCUUUAGAACAAAUUAAAUGUGCAUCACAUAAUGACUAAAACAGUGUGGUCAUACUGUUUUGUACUUCAUGCAUUUACAUUUAUUUUAUUUUAUGAAGGAUUAUAUCUAUUAUCUUUCACUUAAAACAACCAAAAAAAUAUAUUAUAAAAUAAAAACCUGGACAAACAACAAAAGUAAUAUAAAGUAUUUUGAGUAACAUUUGAUAUCAAAUAAUAUAUAUAAUUUAACACAGAGUUAUAUUAAUCAGAUAGGGCAAGCAAAAUGAGGGGAUACAAACUAAGAAAUUCAAUCCCUGACAUAGUAGGAGGGAAAGGCAGAGGGAGGCAGCACAGAUUAGUAAGGAUUCGCCAAAAUAGAAAUUAGGUGGAAGUCAGAAGAACGGAAUUAAAUAGAAGAUUUAAAUUCAAGGCUUUGUAUAAAACUGGAUUAUAUGCCAAUCUCUGGCUAUUCCAAAAACGUAUCUUAAUAAGCAGUGCAUAAAUCUUUUAAGUCUUGCUUCACUUGAAGCUCAGCAGUCUGCCAUCCAUACACCAGACUGCCAGAGUCAAAAUGGGAGAAAUGAAAGAGGAGACUAAGAAUUGAUUUAGUCAUGUCCUGAAUCUGCUACUGAUGAUUGGUCAGGGUUUCUACCAUGAUAUCGGUGGAGUUUUAUAUUAAGGAAUAAAUGGGAUCACACUAGAUAGCAUCGAAAUCAGGCAACAGGGUGUCAUAAAUGAGGGACUUAAGGUUUCAGAAUGAUAUGAUCUGGGGAGAAAAGAGUGUAAAAGCAAUAUUGUAGAUAACCUAGAUAUGUUCAGAAGCAGAUAGAAAUGGAACUGUGUUGUGAUGAGGUAUCUGAGGAAUCCAGUUUAUACAGAUUGAGCCCAAACUGGGUAUGAUGGUUUUGGCUAUAGGAUACUUUUCAAGUUUUUGAAAGUGGAGAUUUGUUAGAUAAGCGUGAUUAGGGGAAGGCAUCAGUAAAUUAAUGUUUAAGUCUGGAAAAGAUGCAAUUGGAAUAGCAAAUUAUGUUGUUAAGGGUGGUCUCAAAUAAUUUAUAGAAGGUUACUGUAGGAGGGUGGUAGAUAAUACCAAAAUACCCAAGGUGCAAGAAAUUGGACCAAUAUGAUUCACUCUGUCUUGGCGAGAAAAGUAGAGUUUAGUAGGAAAAUCUGGAAGAGCAGGAGAUUGUGACUGGAAUUAAAUGAUAGAAGUUGUAGAGGAAAUAGAAAUAUAACUCAUCAAAAUAGGUCCCUACAAUUUGUGAUAGGUUAAUAGGAUGUUAGUCAUGAGAGAAGGAGGAUUGGCAUAAUGAACUGAUGGGCUGUAUAUGCCCAUGCAUAAAGCCAAAAAAAAAUACUGAUGGGAUUGGCUUAAAAUGCUGCCUGUAUUCUAACGAAUGGUGUCAUUGAUUGAAGUCUGCUGCAUUCAAUAUUGAACCUACUCUUUCCAAUAUAAUAAUUUCUUUUUGAAUAUUGAAAAGCAUGAUAUCUUCUCUAAUUUUAUAUUCCGUAACAUUUUCUGAAAAAUCUAACAUAUUUAUCUUUCUUGUAAAAAAAGUCUACUGUUGUAUAAAAAACAAUGUUAAUAAUUACUUAUAAUAUAAUCAUUUUUCACAACUCUGGACAAUACCUCUUAAGUUUAUACUAAAAAAUGGAUCUUUUUUAACACUCUCAGUCCAGAUAGUUCUUCUGGAAGGACUCAGCAGUCUUUCAGCAUGGCCUGGUGGUGGUCCUUUGGGAAACUCUGUUCCAUAUCCCUACCUAUUCCAGAAGCUCAUACAUGAUAGGGAUAAACUUUUUCUAUUUUGUGUCAUUAACUGUUGCCUUCAGUACCCUUUUAUCUUUAAAAGGACUUAUUUCGUUUUUUAAUCCUCUAUAUAGAAAUUGGAUUGUGAAUUUUUAAAAUAUAUUUUUUUUAAGGAAAUAUUUUAUACUUAAAAAUUACCAAGAUAGACAGAGGUAUUCUCAGAAAAUAAAGCCUGUACUGAAAGUGUUAAGAAAUGUGAGAGAAAGGGAAAAAGACUACAAUGACCACAGAAUGAUAUAUUUUGCUGUCAUUUUAGUAUUUUUUUAUCAGAAAACAAGUCAACUUCCUUCUCCUUUCAAUAUCUCGAUUGUCUUUGAAAUUGGAAUAGAAGCAUAGGACCACCUUUUUUCACUUCUAAGUUUCACAACCUUAGCUUGAAUAUUUUCAUGCAGUUUAUUCACAACUCUGGAAGAAAAGCUCCAAUAUACUUCAAGAUUUUUAUUUUAAACCGUCAAGCUUUGGUUAAUGGCGGAUGUUAUUUGUUUUAUUGUUUAAACCCCAGUCUAAUUUAUUAUUCCUCAUAAACUGUAUAAGUUCUCUGUACAAGUCUGAAGGUAUAUUGAGAUUCUUUAUUAUAUAAAUAUUUUUUCCUUUCAGAAUUUAAUUAAUGUUUCUUAAGAAAUAAAUUAUUAUAAUAAAAAAUGUCACAAAUUUUCCUUCAUCCUAAUUUAGUUUUUGUUUUUUUCCUUUUAGUUGUUUCAAGAGAAGCUAUAAAAUUAUCAUUCAGGAAAGAAACACUUAAUCGGCUUGUGAGCGGCUUAGAAGCAGAUAUUAAUUACUCUGUCGAUUUCAUGUUAAGGCCCGAAGUGCAAAGGAGUAUGGAAAUGUUUCUAAACAUGAAGAAACAAUCUAAGUAAAACAAGAAAAAAUCUAAGAAUGAUGUGAUUGUCAAAUUUUAAACGCUUAAAUUGUUUCAUUCCAGCUGCAUUUUUAUGUUUAUAUUAAUCUGUAUAAUAUUUAAUAAUAAUAAUGUAUUAAAAGACUGUUAUUUACAUGGCUUUGGCUUUAUAACUGAAGCAUUUUGACCAAUUAUCUAUAUAGUAUUUUUUUGAAUUUGUUAUUAUAUUUUUAUACUUUUUUAAUUUUGUU